GUGCGACCAAGUAGUGCUUGGUGCAGCGUACGAUAGAGGAUCUGCAGCGGAUGCGAAUGAAUUGUGUAUGCAGAAGAUGUCGUCUUCGGACGAAGAAAUAUAGCACACGGCACGGAUGGUGAAGAUAGUGUUUAACGAAAAACUCUCCGAAGGACAUAACUCGUUAGUUACGGCGCAAGAUAUCCGUCUUUUCUUCGAGGGCUACUUCCGAGGAUGUGGUAUAUGGAUAUAUCGAAGGGUUUCGCCUUCUAACCGACUAGUGGCUGUGAAGUGGGUGGUGGUGCUGAGCCAUGAGAAAGAUCUGCCAUACUCUGAAUGGAAUAGGUGCGCACUUGUACUGGAGAGCCAUGGCUAUCUUUUAUAUCGCACGAUAAGGUUGCUGGAUAGCACAGACUUAUCUGUCCUGGAUAGAUGGGCGAAGGGUUGUACUACUCUUGAAGGUAGUGCUAAGCAUAUUCGCGAUGUCUUGUUGCGGAUGGGUAGCGAGUGGUUAGGCAACUGCUAGUAUUAGGUCUCUUCAUGGUCACUUCUACGGCGUUAUCAUGUAGUGUAAGGUGGAAUGGUUAUGUUCUGGUUUUUAUACCUAGUUCUGUAAGACGCUGCGCUCUAUAGAGUAAUUGCUUUGGUAUACAAGGGAUUAAAUUUGAUAAGGAGCUAGGCUCUCAAGCUAAAUGGCUGUCUAUACACAAUUCCCGUUGCCUAAGCAACAAUCAGGUUAAUC